AUGAAGAUUGAAGAAACAUUCAGAGUCAAACAUGAAAAGACUGAGACACAAACAGACCUGAAAGAAGAGAGUGAAGAACUGAAUGAAAUACAAGAUAAAGAUCAGUACAAAAAACACCAUGAAUUCAUAACUGGACAAAAAUCAUUUAGUUGCUCACAGAAAGCAAAGACUUCCUCACAAAAAAGAGCUCAGAAGGCUAGAUCUAGAAGUCAUUUCAUCUGUCAACAGUGUGGAAAGAGUUUCAACCAUCAAGGAAAACUGAGAGUCCACAUGAGGAUUCACACUGGAGAGAAGCCUUUCAUCUGCCAACAGUGUGGAAAAUGUUUCAGUGAACAUGGAAACCUUAAAAAUCCACAUGAGGAUUCACACUGGAGAGAAGCCUUUCACCUGCUCUCAAUGUGGAAAGAGUUUUACUCAUAAAAGCACUUUGAAAGCCCACAUGACUAUUCACACUGGAGAGAAGCCUUACACCUGCAAACUGUGUGGGAAUAAUUUUGCUGGAAAAGGAAGUUUUAACAUGCACAUGAGGAUUCACACUGGAGAGAGACCUUUUAUGUGGCUUCAGUGUAAAAUGUGUUUCACAUAUCAAAAAGACCUCAAACAUCAUUGU